UUCCGCGCGGCGCCGGGGCGCAGCGCAAACAUGGCGGCGGCUGGCUCGGGCCCGUGAGGCGGUACCGGGCGGGGCUGUCGGGUGUCAUGGGUGGUGGCGGCGGCACCGCCCCCGCGUCUCCCUGAGCGGGACGGCAGGGGGGCCUCUGCGCUGGGCUGGGCGAUGGACGAGAGCGGCGAGCUGGUCGGUCUGGAGACCAUGGAGACCCUCACCGAGCUGGGCGACGAGCUGACCCUGGGGGACAUCGACGAGAUGCUGCAGUUUGUCAGUAAUCAAGUGGGAGAGUUCCCUGACUUGUUUUCAGAGCAGCUGUGUAGCUCCUUUCCUGGCAGUAGUGGUGGUGGCAGCAGUGGCAGCAGCAAUGGCAGAGGCAGCAGCGGUGGAGCCGUGGACCCCUCGAUGCAGCGGUCAUUCAGCCAGGUCCCAUUACCUUCGUUCUCUCCCUCAGCUGCUUCCCCCCAGGCUCCAGCCCUGCAAGUCAAGGUCCCUGCCACCUCAGUUCCCACCCCACCGAGGGCAACUCCUAUCCUUCAGCCCCGCCCCCAGCCCCAGCCUCAACCUCAAGCUCAGCUGCAACAACAGACAGUAAUGAUCACCCCGACAUUCAGCACCGCUCCGCAGACAAGGAUCAUCCAGCAGCCUUUAAUAUACCAGAAUGCAGCUACCAGCUUUCAAGUCCUUCAGCCUCAAGUCCAAAGCCUGGUGACAUCCUCCCAGGUACAGCCGGUCACCAUCCAGCAGCAGGUACAGACGGUACAGGCCCAGCGGGUGCUGACACAAACGGCCAAUGGCACACUGCAGACCCUUGCCCCAGCCACGGUGCAGACAGUUGCCGCGCCCCAGGUGCAGCAGGUCCCGGUUCUGGUCCAGCCUCAGAUCAUUAAGACGGAUUCCCUUGUUUUGACCACGCUGAAAACAGAUGGCAGCCCUGUCAUGGCUGCAGUCCAAAACCCCGCCCUCACUGCCCUCACCACCCCUAUCCAGACGGCCGCCCUUCAAGUACCAACCCUGGUGGGCAGCAACGGGACUAUUCUGACCACAAUGCCUGUGAUGAUGGGGCAAGAGAAAGUACCCAUUAAGCAGGUACCUGGAGGAGUUAAGCAGCUUGAGCCCCCCAAAGAAGGAGAAAGGCGGACAACACACAAUAUCAUUGAGAAACGAUAUCGUUCCUCCAUCAAUGACAAAAUCAUUGAAUUGAAAGACCUGGUCAUGGGGACAGAUGCCAAGAUGCACAAGUCUGGCGUUCUGAGGAAAGCCAUUGACUACAUCAAAUACCUGCAGCAAGUCAAUCAUAAACUGCGCCAGGAGAACAUGGUGCUGAAGCUGGCAAAUCAGAAAAACAAGCUCCUGAAAGGCAUCGACCUAGGCAGUCUGGUGGACAGUGAGGUGGACCUGAAGAUCGAGGAUUUUAAUCAGAAUGUCCUUCUGAUGUCUCCUCCAGCCUCUGACUCAGGGUCCCAGGCUGGCUUCUCCCCAUACUCCAUUGACUCUGAGCCAGGAAGCCCUCUGCUGGAUGAUGCAAAGGUCAAAGAUGAGCCGGACUCUCCUCCCGUAGCGCUGGGCAUGGUGGACCGCUCUCGAAUUCUGCUGUGUGUCCUCACCUUCCUGUGCCUCUCCUUUAACCCCCUGACUUCCUUGCUGCAAUGGGGAGGGUCCCACGACUCCGACCAGCACGCAUACUCAGGCUCUGGCCGCAGUGUACUGUCAUUCGAGUCAGGUUCUGGGGGCUGGUUUGACUGGAUGGUGCCAACUCUUCUCUUAUGGCUGGUAAACGGUGUGAUUGUCCUGAGCGUCUUUGUGAAGCUGCUGGUCCACGGGGAGCCCGUGAUCCGGCUGCACUCGCGCUCCUCAGUCACCUUCUGGAGACACCGGAAGCAGGCAGACCUGGACCUCGCCAGGGGAGAUUUCGCAGCUGCCGCUGCCAACCUACAAACCUGCCUGUCAGUUUUGGGCCGGGCACUGCCCACCUCCCGCCUGGACCUGGCCUGCAGCCUCUCCUGGAACGUGAUCCGCUACAGCCUGCAGAAGCUACGCCUGGUGCGCUGGCUGCUCAAGAAAGUCUUCCAGCGCUGGCGGGCCACCCCAGCCACUGCAGCGGGCUUUGAGGACGAAGCUAAGACCAGUGCCCGGGAUGCAGCCCUGGCCUAUCACAGGCUGCACCAGCUGCACAUCACAGGGAAGCUUCCUGCAGGAUCCGCCUGUUCAGAUGUGCACAUGGCCCUGUGUGCUGUGAACCUGGCCGAAUGUGCAGAGGAGAAAAUCCCGCCGAGCACACUGGUUGAGAUCCAUCUGACUGCUGCCAUGGGGCUCAAGACCUGGUGUGGGGGCAAGCUGGGCUUCCUGGCUAGCUACUUCCUCAGUCGAGCCCAGAGCCUGUGCGGCCCUGAACGCAGUGCUGUCCCUGACUCCCUGCGCUGGCUCUGCCACCCCCUAGGCCAGAAGUUUUUCAUGGAGCGGAGCUGGUCAGUGAAGUCGGCUGCCAAGGAGAGUCUGUACUGUGCCCAGAGGAACCCAGCUGACCCCAUUGCCCAGGUCCAUCAGGCCUUCUGCAAAAACCUGCUGGAGCGAGCGGUGGAGUCCUUGGUGAAACCCCAGGCCAAGAAGAAGGCUGGAGACCAGGAAGAAGAGAGCUGUGAAUUCUCCAAUGCUCUGGAGUACCUGAAAUUACUUCAUUCUUUUGUGGACUCCGUGGGGAUUGUGAUCCCGCCACUCUCCAGCAGCUCCGUGCUCAAGUCAGCCCUUGGUCCAGAUGUCAUCUGUCGCUGGUGGACGUCUGCAGUCACCGUGGCCAUCAGCUGGCUUCAGGGAGAUGAUGCAGCUGUGCGCUCUCAUUUUACCAAAGUAGAGCGUGUCCCCAAGGCCCUGGAAGUGACUGAGAGCCCCCUGGUGAAAGCUGUCCUCCACACCUGCAGAGCCAUGCACGCCUCACUCUCUGGGAAACCAGAUGGGCAGCAGAGCGCCUUCUGCCAUUGCGAGAGAGCCAGCAGCCACCUGUGGAGCAGCCUCAACGUCAGCGGGGCCACCUCUGACCCCACCCUCAACCACGUGGUCCAGCUGCUCACCUGUGACCUGCUACUGUCACUGCGGACAGUGCUCUGGCAAAAGCAGGCAGGCGCCAGCCAGGCCCUGGGUGAGACCUACCACGCAUCAGGCGCUGAGCUAGCCGGCUUCCAGCGGGACCUGGGCAGCCUACGCAGGCUGGCGCACAGCUUCCGCUCCGCUUACCGAAAGGUGUUCCUACAUGAAGCCACCGUGCGCCUAAUGGCGGGAGCCAGCCCCACCCGCACCCACCAGCUGCUGGAGCACAGUCUGCGGCGGCGCACGGCUCAGAGCGCCAAGCACGGAGAGGUGGAUGCCUGGCCUGGCCAGCGAGAGCGGGCCACCGCCAUCCUGCUGGCCUGCCGCCACCUUCCCCUCUCUUUCCUCUCCUCCCCGGGCCAGCGGGCUGUGCUGCUGGCCGAGGCUGCCCGCACCCUGGAGAAGGUGGGCGACCGGCGCUCCUGCAACGACUGCCAGCAGAUGAUUGUCAAGCUGGGUGGCGGCACCGCCAUUGCCGCCUCCUGACCACCGGGCUCAGCCCACUGCCCUCCUCCUCUGUCUAUCGCUCUCCUCCCUCAAGAGCUGUGGGGACAAAGCCUUGUCUUCCAAGCUGUCACCUGCCGAAGCUUUUGGACCGCUUACUUCAGGCCAGCGGGCCCCUGGGCAGAGCCCCUUAGAGCUGCUAUCACUAGAUGCCCGUGGUCCGGGGCCUGGUGGGGCUGAGAGCAGAGACAGCAGGGCAAGAAUUGGGGUCCCCCUGACCGGAGAGCACAGGGGGCUCCCAAGCUGCCCAGCCCCUGUCUCCAGCCCUCCCGAGUUUCUCUCUCCCUGAACGUCUCUCGCCUUUUCGCUUCCUCAUUUUUUAUCAGGCUUUCUCUCUGGGGAUGUGGGGCUCUGGGCACUAGAGAGCGAUUUGCCCUCGGGACUGUGCCUGGUGUGCCCUCCCCUCUUUUUAUAUGAAUGUUUUUAUACCAGCGCUUGGGUUUGCUGCAUCGCGGGCUACACUGCCGCAGCGCCUUCCCUCCCUGCCCGGGUUUAGGUCCCUCCCCUGCGCCUCACUAAGCCAGUCAUCCUUCUCUCUCAGUUACGCAGGAUGGCCAGGGAAGGAGGGGAGCCCAGCCCAGGGAGGUGGGUGGGAGGCAGGGGACAGGCCUGGGGACAGAUGAAAUAAUGUCGGCAUUAUUUUUUAAUUUUUUUAAAAAUAAAUGAUAUCUUAUUUAAUUGUCCUGUUCCUUCCCGCUCCCCUACUUCCUAGGCGGGCAGCCCCAGCUCAGGGUAGGCCCAGGGCAGCGAGAGAUGAAGCCACCCCUUGGGACUGGGGCCCGGGGCCUUCCGUGUGGUUUCUUGGUUCCCUCCUACCUCUCCCCCAGCUCUUACCUCUGUGGUACAGACUGUCCCUGACUUACCAUGGUUCAACUUACAAUUUUAAGACUUUAUGAUGGGUUUAUCGGGGUAUUAAAUGCAUUUUCAACUUAUGAUAUUUUCCAUUUAUGAUGCAUUUAUCAGGAUGUAACAUUGUAAUUCAAGGAGCAUCUGUGUAUUUUUAUCCCUAACCCUUGACCUGAAAAUAAGCUGGGGUGGCAGAAACCAGCCCUCAACCCUCCCCAGCGACAAGCCCUUUUCAGAGUGGGCACUGGGAAUGAGGUCCCUGUCUUGGGAGUCCUAGGAGAAAAAAGUGGUCCCACUUUUUUGGAUCCCUUGGCGUGGUGCCUACCCAAGGCUGUUUCUUCCCGGGCCUCCUGAGACUGAGACCCUGUGCUUCUCAUCCCCUCAGGCUGGGUGGAGCAAGGUGGGGUGAGAGCCCCAGUGCUGACUGGGGGCGCACACAGCAGAGGCCCCGAUGCAGAGUGCAGGCUGGGAUGGGUCGGCCUUGCCCUGGGGUGUGCUCGGACCCCACCUGCUUUCUUUCUCCUGCCCCCCCCCACUGUAAUUUAUGGACCCGCCCAGCCCACGUGUCUUGUGUAUAUACUGUGCCUUUUCUUGUUAUUGUUGAGGGUGGGAAGGGGUGGUUUUUCACUGAAAAGGGGGAUACACCUAUGGAUUCCUUAAUGUUGAAUCAUUCACCAUGUCCCAGGACAUAGGUUAUUCAAUAAACACAGAUUGGUACCACCCAG